UUAAAUUCAAACCGGUGUCGAAGCGUGUCAGACGUGGUGUAUUUUCUCUCGAUUUUCUUCGUAUAAAAGGCUUUAACAGAAUAAUUAUUACCAAUGGAUGAGAAUGUGAUACCUACUGAGAACUUGCCUAGUCAAAAUGCCCAUGUGAAAGCUGGUCCACAAGCUACCGACAACACCAAACGUUCUCCUUUCAAAGAGCUCGGGAAUAAUGUGUUGGGAACAAGAGCCAGUGGACCGACGCCAAAGAGUAUUGCAACACCGUCCAAAUACAAAGUCAUUUCGGAACUGGAUGAGGAGAGGACUUGGCGUGAAAGGACGGAAGUAGUCACAGCGAUUGACCACAGUGCAUAUAAAGACUAUGCCAAGGAGAUGAUUACUGCUGUCAUCGAUCAGAUUCCGUCAGCAACUCACAGGUCAACAGUUGUGGAUAAUAAACUGCUACAUCCUACAGUUGCUGAAUUUAGAGGAUCACCUGUAGCUGCUUUGGUUGGGGACUCUGAUUCAGAAUAUGAGAGCGCUGGGGAGCUAGAUGACACAGCUAUUGCACAAAUCAUACCAUCACCUGUUGUACCAAAGGCAAAUUCCACUCUCUUGGAAGUUUCUAAUUCUGCCAACAAUACUCUAAACAGGUCUGAUGUUGGCACACUUCUGAACAGUUUUGAGAAUAUGAAGUUGAAUGAAACUAAAGACAUUCCUGAAGAGGAUAAUUUUCAUGAUGCAAGUGAUACAGUUGAAAAUACUUCUCUAAACUUAUCACCUGAGAAUAAAGAUGCAGAGAAAAUUUCUACUUCACUACAGCCCAACAUGCACAAUGAUACCUUUGACCAGCUUACAGCUUCUUUUGAAAAAGUUGCUGUCAGUGACACAUCAGAUAUGAACACACCUGUAAAGGGCAAGGAAAAGCCUUUGGCACAUGUAGAUCCUAACAAACCAGGAGAAAUUGAGGAUUCCCCCAGUUGCGUAGUGGAACCUAAAGUGGCUAUAAUCCUCUCGGAGACCUCUUCUCCAAAACCUGAAAAAGUGCCAAAUGAUGACAGCCAAUUGCACUUGAAAGAAAGUGGCAAAGAAGGACAAACGGAAACAAGUCCAGAAGAGGUUGCAGGCAAUUUAGGGACUGGAUUUGUGAAGGCAGAUGAGGAAGAUGAUGUUAUUGUGCCGAAAAAAGGAUACAACUUAGAAUUUUUAGAUAAUAUGGAUGAUCCAAGUUUUGAUCCUUUUUCAACAAAAGCAGCUGUAACAAAUUCUCCAGACAAAGAGAAGAGUGAAGUAGUUGCAAAUUCUGUUACUAAAGAAAGACAGUCAGAUUGCUUGGAUAAAUCUGGAGGUAUUAUAGAUAUCUCUGAGAAAACAGCAUUGCUGGAAGUGCAAGAAGCCAAUGAGGUAAACUAUAAAGAAACAGGUCAGACUGAGGCAACUGAGGCUGUUGUAGUACCAGAAGACAGGCAAGCAAAUAGCAAGAAUGUGUUUGCUGAAAAAGUGCAGCAGUCCAGUCCACCAACAGAACAGGAUCCGCAAGAUGAAAAAGCUGUAUCUCCCCAGAAAAGAUACAAUUUGGACUUUGACAAGCUGGAGGAUCCUAAUUUUGAUCCUUUUGCUACAAAAUCUGCUGUCAGCAACUCUCCAGAGAAAGUGACCAAAGAAAUUGUGGCAGAAGCACAAGCAGAUGAACUAGUUGAGAUUGUUAAACCUGUGAGUGUGACACAAGCACAAGUAUUGUCUGAAAACGACUAUGAUAAGCAAGAAGGAAGCCAUGCUCAAGUUGAUGAAGAGCCAGUUGAAGAUGGAUCAUUGAAGACUGAGAUGGUAACAGAAAGUACUUCUGAGGAGCAAGAGGAAGAAAUAAUCCCUCCUAAAAAGGGAUACAAUAUGGACUUCUUAGAAAAUGUAGAAGAUCCAAAUUUUAACCCUUUUACUACUAAGACUUCAGUCAGUAACUCGCCUGAGAGGAAAGAAGUACCUAUUUCUCAGGUGGAAUCAGAAUCAAAGCAGAAAGAGGAAGAUUCUAUCAAAAUUUUGGAGACACAGGAAGUCAAAAUAUCUGAAGAUGUUGCUCUCAUAACUGAUGGAACAGUAGUAGAAUCAGCCAAGGAGGAGAUGACAACAGAACAAAGAAAAGCUGAUGUGGCAAUGGACGUUUCUGAGGAGGAGGAGCCAAUUCCUCCCAAGAAGGAAUACAAUCUGGACUUCUUAGAUAACCUAGAUGAUCCAAACUUGAAUCCUUUUGCGACCAAGACCACAGUGACUAAUUCCCCUGACAAAAAAGAUGUCCCAUCAGCAAAUAGCAAAAUGGUUGAAGAAGCAUCAGAAGCUAAGGAAGUAGUUGUUGAUGAUGUUAUAGAAAAGGAGAAAACAAAACAAAAUAAGACUUCAGAAAACAUAGUUGUUGAAGACAUACCGACUUCCUGUGCAAAAGACGGAGAUAUUGCCAGCAGUGAGAUGGUUAUGUCUGAAAAGCAGAAAGAACCCUCAGAAACACAAGAGGAAGAUGAGCCUGUUCCUCCCAAGAAAGGUUACAAUCUUGAUUUCUUGGAUAACCUUGAUGAUCCAAACUUCAAUCCCUUUACAUUGAAGACUACAGUAACCAAUUCCCCAGACAAGAAAAACGGACAAGUGGCUGAGAGCAAAACACCAGAAGUCCCAAAACCCAAGGAAAAGGUAGAGAAGAAGAAACCUGUUGUAGCUGUCAAAGAAACAGAAAAAGUAACACAAAAGGCUUCAUCUGUAAAAGAAAAGGAAACUGUCGAAAUGAAGACAGUGAUGCCGACAGAAAGUGAGACUGAAGAAAAAUUGGAAGCACAAGAAGAGGAUGAAAUCAUUCCUCCCAAGAAAGGAUAUGAUUUAGACUUCUUAGAUAAUCUGGAUGAUCCAAACUUCAAUCCCUUUUCAACCAAAACUACAGUGAACAAUUCCCCAGAGAAGAAAAACGGUCCAGUGGGUGAGAACAAAGUGUCAGCAGAAGAUGCACUGAAGCCAAAGAAGGUGGCAGAGAAGAAGCCUGUUGCAGGUGUCAAGGAAGAGGAUAAGGCAACACAAGUUAAGAAGACUUCAGAAAAUGCUUCCUGUGCAAAGGGAAAGGAUGCUCCUAGAAGUAAGACAGUUGUGGCUAAGGAGGUACAAAACAAAGGUACCAGUGAAGUACAAGAUGAUGAAGUAAUUCCUCCUAAAAAGGGAUAUAACCUAGACUUAGAUAAUCUUGAUGAUCCAAAUUUCAAUCCUUUUGCAACAAAGAUGUCUGUGAGCAAUUCACCAGACAGGAAAAAAGAACCAGUGGUAGAGAGCAAGAAGGCUGAGGAGAAUAAAGUCUCUGAGGAAGUGCCAAAACCUGAAGAGGAAAAGAAACAAGUUAAGGAGGCAGGAAAACCAGUUGGUAUGAAGAAAAAGAAGCCUGUGGCAAAGGCUCCUGAAGGAAAGCAAGAUGAUUUUGCUACUGAACCAAAGGGAGGGUAUAAGCUUGACCUUGAUCAUUUUGAUGACCCCAAUUUCAAUCCAUUUGCAACCAAAUCAGCGGUUUCAAAUUCUCCUGAUAAAACAAAUAUGUCUGUUGGUGAAAAGAUGGAGGAAAGUUUAGGAGCUUCUGAGGAAAAGAAAACUCAGGCCAAGGAUGCAAAAUCUGUGAAUGAAAUUAUCAAGAAAAUGCCGAAGGCUGACAAUGCAGAGGAAAUGGAAGAAGACAUUGUUCCCAAAAAAGGAUAUCAGCUGGACUUCUUAGACAACUUGGGUGAUCCAGAUUUUAAUCCAUUUGCAACGAAAACAACUGUGUCUAAUUCUCCAAAUAAAAGGAAGGCAACACAGGAAAACAUGCAGGUAAAAGAAAAACUACCAGACAGCAAAGACGAAAACAUUGUAGAAACACAAACCACAGGGUCACAGAUUACCAAGAGUGAGUUUGCUAGUUCUCUAGGAAGUAUUGACUUUGACCAGAUAUCGAAAGAGGCUAUACAACUGGCUUCAGAAGUUACUCCGAAGCCACAGACUCCUGAGAAGAUCAGCGAAUCGGUCCAGCCACGUGAUGUCUUCAGUCCCCUGCCAGCAAAGCACUCAUCGACAAAGCAAGAUACAUUUGGUGGUUUUGGAGUGGAUGAAUUCACCAGUGCCACAGAAUUCGCUGGUGGUGACCAAGACCUUUCGGAAGGAGAAAACUUUCAGGAUGCAACCUGUUAUCCAAUCUUUAACAAUCCCGAAGACCUUGAUGUCCUGGGCUCACACGGGACAGAAGGAGACAAGAUUAACCUGGUGCGAAACUCCCUCUACGUCAAGUUUGAUCCUCUGGUUUCCGGUCGUCAGUCUCUCGCCCCCUACCUGGCCCAGCAACUUCUUAGCACCAAGGAGGAGGAAGAUGCACGCAGAUGUAGUGGACUGAUAUCCUUCAGCCCUUCUCCUAUCAAGCCGCAGCGAUCAAAGGACGGUAAUGGUACACCUGUAAGAGCACAAACAAUAACACGGGCAGAUGAAACUUUAAUUUUGGAGAGUACCACAUUGGAUAGUACAGUGGUUGGAGAGACCACUAAUAUAUCCAUCAUGUCAGGUGGAACUGCCUUCAAUAACACAGUUAUCAGCAAUGCCCCAAGUGAAUGUGCAAACGAGACGGUCCUUCAGCUGCAUGCUGCACCUACAGAGAAAAUGGUACCGGAACGUGUGAUGAACGAAAGGCUGAAGAACCUUGAAUUAUCAAUGCAGGACACUUUACUGAGGAAGAUUAGAGCUUUUGAGGAAGAACAGAAGAAGAGCAAGCAGCAGAUUGAAGAACAGAACAUUGCACUUAGUAGCAUGGAGGAAGAAAAUGGGACACUGAAGGCAACAAUUGUUAAGAUGCAAGAAGUCCUGUCCAGGAUCAUGAAACAAGAAGAAUCUAAGGAGAAAGAACGCAAGAAUCAGCUAGUGCUGCUGGAGAAUCAGUAUGAAACUAAAAUAUCGGCCCUUCAGAAGGAAAGCCAGCAGUACCUGGAUGAGCUGAAAAAUGCUGAAGCCCCAUUCUUUGAUCUGGUCAAGAAAUUUGAGCGGUUGAGGGAGGUUACAGAGUGCCUGCGACGAAACGAGGAGAGCCUCAAGUCGGAAAAUGAAGGACUGAAGGCAAAGUUGGCCCAGAAAGAAGAAUCCUUCAAGACUGUCCUGCAAACACUAGAAGAAAAUUAUGCCAAGGCACAAGAAGAAUUCUCUCGAGAAAAAGAAAAGCAUGAAAAGGAGCUUGGCAAGGCAUCAGUAACGCUGAAGAGAGCAGAGGUUAAGAUCCUGUCCCUGAAUGCAGACAAUGAACGGUUAGCUGCACUCCUGGAUGACAUAACGAACAAGUUUGGCUAAAGUGAAGGUCUUUGAAAUUUUUUUUAUCUGUGGUAUCUCUUUCGCUUUAACUUUGCUAGACUAUCUUCUUGCUUUAUAUUCUUUUUUGUUAUUUAACUGUAUAAUACUAGUAUAAAAACCAGUCUCCUAAUUUUAGACAGUUAUGAUUCCACACCUUUAAUAUUAAUGGGUUUUACUGAUUUUUUCUUUUCUUUUAAAGUCUUCUCUGUCUGUCAGAAAAUAUAUAUUUUAUUACUUUAUAAUAAAUGAUAUUAUAAAUUAA